AUGCCAACCAUAAUUGUUGUCGGUGGACCGUCAGGAACGGGCAAAUCCACAGUGGGUGAGAGCCUUAGCCAGAGUUUGAGAUGCCGGUUUGUGGAAGGCGAUGCAUUCCAUCCGAAAGCAAAUAUCGACAAAAUGUCGCAGGGCAUCGCUCUUACCGAUGACGAUCGGUGGGGCUGGCUGGAAAACCUCACCAACAUUGCUGCCGAUGCAACGAGCGAAAGCAAGACGGUGGUAGUGAGCUGUUCGAUGCUCAACAAGAAGUACAGAGACUUCAUCAAAGAAGUUGCUGCCAAAAAGAACCCAAAUAUCACGCUCUUUAUGAUCUUCCUGUAUAACGACUACAGCAUUAUCUACGACCGAAUGAGCCAGAGAAAGGGCCAUUUCAUGAAAAGCAGCAUGUUGAAGAGCCAAUUCGACGCCAUGGAAGUUCCAGAACACGAACAGAACGCUGUUGCUAUUUACUGUGGAGAAAAAACAGAGCAACAGAUCCAAGACGAGGCUCUUCAGGCUGCCAGGCAGAAUAUCCCCGAUCUGAUCAUCUAA